CUGAACGAAGAUGGAGUUACAGCAAAGUUUUGAUACCGAGCUUUUCAUUGAUGAAGUUGAAAAACGGCGUGCCAUUUGGGACUUUGAGAGUGAAGAUUACAAAAAUCGGGUGUUGAAAAGGUCGGCCUGGGUAGAGUUAGUGGACUUGUUUUUUGAGAAGGAUGCUACAGUGGAACAGAAGAAGAUUUACGGUAAGUGGUUUUUAGUUAACCCUGGAGAGGUGGAUAUAAUCUUUUUUUGCUUGUCCUUGUAUAAAGAACUAAAAAGAGUACCACAGCAUGUAAGGAUAAGGACUAAGAUACAACUACUAGAAGUAAUUCAACGUGCACAAGACAUUCACACACAACCACAAGCAUACGCUCCUACUCCACAUAACCCACCCUACAACCGCAAUCCGUACAGCCAAGGUCCAUCAACGACAGGAUAUGCCCUACAACGUACAGCACACAACUUUAUGAACCCUCAGGUACCAGUCUCCCAUAACUUCAACAAACCACAUCCCACACAAGCUACAUCACCUACAGACAGUGUCAUGUCACAGGAAAGUUUAAUGGAACUGUACGAGUAAUGUCAACUACAACACACGUGUUAUAGACUUUUCAUUUAGUGUGACUAUGUUCUUUAUUUACAUUAUCAUACAUUUACAUAUCUCAUUUGUUAAUUAAUUAAAAUUCCUAAAUAAAUACACUUACCUCAAUGUAAUCACUAGCUUUUCUUCAGGUGAAACACAGUCCCUCACAAAGUUUGUGGAAGGUUUUAAAUCAUCCUCAACAAUAUUAAGAAGGCCAUCAAAUGAUUCAACUGACAUUCUAAAAUAAUUAAAAAACUUUUCUCGGAAAUUCCUCAGCUUCGGAUACAGAGUAAAAAAAGCACCAUGACUAAAUCUAUCUUUCAAAAUUGGAUGCACCCACUUUUGUCUUUGUCUUCGUCUCCGUGACUUGUAACGUCGAUACAAAAUGUAAAGACAUACUGCCUCUUCAACGUCCAUUUCAGUUCUGAUCAUUGUUGUAAUAUUUUCCUGCCGCGCGACACGUCACCAUUGCAGCGCCCAUGUGUACGGACUUGCUUAUCUUGUCGCGCGGCACGUCGCGCGGCGUGUCGCGCCCAUGUGUACGCG